AUGGCUCACGCUAUGGACGACAACAAACAUGUCGAGCCCAAGGAGCAUGAUGCAGGUGCUGUCACGGCCCUGGUCUGGAAGCAGGACCUGCGAAUUGUUCCCUUGUCCGCGUUUAUUUACCUGCUCUGCUAUUUGGAUCGGUCGAACAUAGGAAAUGCAAAGGUGCUCAAUCAAGACACUGGGAACGACCUGCUCACCGAGACCAAGAUGUCCAACUACGAGUAUACGAUCGCAUUGAUGGUAUUUCUGAUCGCAUAUGCCCUGUUCGAAGUGCCAUCGAACUACCUCCUCAAGAAACUGCGCCCAAGCCGCUGGAUCGCAUUCCUCAUGCUCUCCUGGGGUGCAACAACAAUCGGACUCGGCGGCGCCACAAACUACGCCCAAGUCACCGGUAUCCGCUUCCUUCUCGGCGUGACAGAAGCAGGCCUGUUCCCCGGACUGGUAUACUAUCUCACAUUCUGGUACCGCACGUCCGAGCGAUCCCUGCGUGUCGCGUUGAUUCUGGCUUCGGCUACACUCGCCGGUGCAUUCGGCGGCGCCAUUGCAUAUGGCGUGGGAUAUCUAAAUGGGGACCAUGGUCACUCGGCCUGGCGGUGGUUGUUCUUUAUCGAGGGUGCGCCAUCUUGUGCGUCUGCGAUUCUGGUUUUCUUUUUCUUGCCUGAUUAUCCCGAGUCGGCGAAAUGGUUGAGUGAGGACGAGAGGGAGUUGGCGAGACAGCGGUUAUCUGUUGAGGGCUCCAAGGGAGAUGCGAAGGCCAUGAGCUGGGAGGAUGCGAAGCCGGUUCUGAUGGAGUGGAGGCUGUAUGUUCACUACAUUAUCUAUUUUGGCAUCUCGACGCCGUUCUCGAGUUUAUCGCUGUUCACGCCUUCCAUCACCGCUGGACUGGGCUAUGAGAACCUCCAGGCGCAGCUCAUGACGGUUCCCCCGUAUGCUGUUGCAUAUGUGGUGACCGUGGCUGUGGCCUGGUCUGCGGACCAUUUCAACGCUCGCGGUUUGCAUUCAGCCGUCUUCUCCUUUAUCGGGGCAAUGGGCUUCCUCGCCUCCGCUGUCCUCCCUGCGGACGCAUAUCUAAAGAGAUACGGAUGUCUGAUCGUCGGGUCGAGCGGUGCUUUCUCGUGCAUCCCUCCUCUGCUGGGGUGGUUAUCGUCUAAUAUCCACUCUACGGCCGGUGCAGGUCUCGCCAUCGCACUGAAUAUAUCCUUUGGAGCGCCGGGUCAGAUUGUGGGGGUGUGGAUUUAUAAAGCUGAGGAGGCGGAGAUAGGGUAUCCGACUGGGCACUGGACGAAUGCGGCGUUGCUGUUGUUUGUUUGUGUGGGCUGUGUGCUGCUGCAUUUGUAUUAUGUUGUGAGAAAUCGGGGGAGGACUGCAGGGGGCGAGCUGAAGAGAUAUGCUUAUUAA